AUGUUGUUCCGAGCAAUCGUUGUUGCCUCCAUCUGCGCUUUGGUGCUUUCCCUCUACAUUGCUGAUCCGACUAGAUGGACUCGUCAUCAGUAUUUGGUUAAGGUUCUUACAAAGGAUACGAAGACCGGAACUAUUUCGACUUGCACCGGAACUCUCCUCUCCCCAUCCGUUGUUCUUACGAGUGCAAGAUGCUUUCCAAAAGACCAAAAGAACGUUGCUGGUCAAGCAGUCGUCGUGAAAAGAGAUUCACUUGAUCUCAUGAACAAGGCUAUGCUCGCGGUCAGAAUCGAUGGUGAUAUGGCUCUCAUGAAGAUUGAUGCUAUCAAGGACGAACAGUUUUGCGACAAAGACCCACAUCCACCAAGAGUCGCUCGUCUCAACUUCAAGCCAAGUUUGACGGAGGCCACAUAUCUGACCGUUCAGCCAAAAGAGCUUCAAGAUAUGAGAUGCAGAGUGCUUGGAUUCAAAACUAAGGACGAUGUCGAGGAAUUCGCCACAUCCAAGGAACUCCAAAUCCAGGAGCUUGAUGUUCGUGCCGAUCAGGAUAAUCUCAUGUUUUCGGAAGUCAAUGCCAAUACAACUGGACGUGUGUGCUGGGAUGACAUUGGAGCUCCAUUGGAAUGUGUACUCAAUGACGAAGACAUCAAAUGGACUCAAGUCGGAUUUGUUCAUGGUCUCUACGGACGUGAAACCGAUCAAGACACGAACAGCACCAUUUCCUUCAGCUGUUCCGAUGUACAGACCAUGCAAUUCGUGGUUUUCAAUGACAACACCUUCGCUCACGCCAUCGAAAGCGUUGACAAGUCGAGUGUCUUCGAGGCUCAAGACAAGUGUUUCUAA